GUUAUUUGUUAGACAUCAAGGUUUUGGAAGACUGUGUUCUUAAAAAUGUUGGAGAUCUAACCUUUGAAGUAAAUUAUCAUAUUUCAUCAACAAGGAAAUUUGAGGUUCCUCAAUUGCUAAACUAUUUGACCGCGCCCAAUGUAUUAAUAUCAAGUGCUGCUUGCGCUUCGGUUGCUAUAAUGGGUCUCUACGAUAGUUACGAUUUGCUAGCAAAGGAUAAAACUGGAAAACAAAUUCCAUGGGCCACUGAUAUCAAAUUUAAGAAAUGGACAGAUACGGUUCCAUCUGAAAGUGAAUCUCCGUUAACAAGACUUUCAGAAUUAUUUAAUGUUAAUCAUUUUAUUGUAUCUCAAGCAAAUCCUUGUAUUGUUCCAUUCAUGUCCCGAGAGCAAACAACGCGAACCAAUUUUUUGGUAAAAUGUGGAUAUUUUCUAUCAACUGAAAUUAAACACCGAGUAUUUCAGCUUGAACAAAUGCGAAUUUUACCACGAAGACUUCGUGGAAUUGUUGAUGAGAAAGUGUCUGGGGACGUUACUAUCGUACCCUCUAUUACCAUUGCAGAUUUUAAAACCUUGUUUUCUAGCCCAACACACGAAUCAUUGGAUUAUUGGAUACUAAAAGGAGAACAGUCUACAUGGCCUUUAUUGGCAUUGAUAAAGAAUCGAUGUAAUAUAGAAUUGGUUCUUGAUAGAGUUGACCGAACUAGUUAUUAUCAAAAUGCUAAAAAUAAUGGAGCACGAAAACGUACUAAAUCUCUUCACUAA